AUGUCGGAACGUACUCCAGCUCCAUAUGGUCCUAGAUCAGUCUAUGGAUAUGCCAUGUACAUAGGAUCUAACAUGUUAUUGUUGUUAUAUCUUGUAUGGGCUUUUAUACCAGAUGAAUUUUUACAUAAGAAACUGGGACUCACUUACUGGCCAUCAAAAUAUUGGGCAGUAGCUCUUCCAAUUUGGAUAUUGACAGCAAUCGCAGUGUUUGCUUUUGCCAUUUAUCCAGCUAUAAAUAUGACUCUUACUCCAGAUAUUGAUGAUAUCAGAACAAUUACAGAUGAAUAUUGCUUGAAGAAGAAAAAACGUAUUCAUGGUGGUAUACCACCUGUUUCUGAUAUUCCAAUUACAGAAGUUUGUAGAAAGUUAUAUUUACAAGAAGAUUAA